UUUAUCUGAUUGGAUGCCUUAUCAGCUGUCACACAAAAAGAGGAGCCGUCAAACAAGACGCCCGCAAGUACAAAAACAAAAGACCUUCACUCACUUCCUCUUUUCUUGUCUGAUUCCUCCCUCACAGUCUAAGCAAACAUGGAGAAAAUUCAUCACAAAUAUUUACACGUCAACGGAAUCAACAUGCACAUAGCUGAAAUUGGUGAAGGCCAGCCUGUGCUCUUCCUCCACGGCUUCCCUGAGCUCUGGUACUCGUGGCGCCACCAGCUACUCUCCCUGUCCUCGCUUGGCUACCGCGCUAUCGCUCCUGACCUCCGUGGCUACGGUGACACUGAUGUUCCUCCCUCGGUGUCCAGCUACACUGUCCACCAUAUUGUGGGAGACCUGGUUGCUCUCCUGGACUCAUUGAAGAUUGGCAGGGUGUUUUUAGUAGGUCAUGACUGGGGCUCGUUCAUCGCCUGGUGGUUCUGCAAGCUUCGGCCUGAUAGAAUCCGGGCUUUGGUUAGUUUAAGUGUCGUGCAUUCGCCUAGGAACCCUAAGAGGAAGCCUCUGCAGUCCUUGCGUGCGGCGUUUGGGGAUGAUUAUUACAUCUGCAAAUUUCAGGAACCUGGUGUGGCAGAAGAGGACUUCGCUCGUGUUGAUCCUGCAUUAAUAAUAAAGAAAUUUCUUGUAGGUCGCAAUCCAGGUCUAUUUCGUAUACAUAAAGAUGGAUUAGGGCGUAACCCUGGAAAACAAAUAAUACUUCCUUCUUGGUUAUCUGAGGAAGAUGUAAAUUAUUAUGCGAGUAAAUUCAAGCAGACAGGCUUUACAGGUGGACUGAACUACUAUCGAGCUAUGGAUCUAAAUUGGGAGCUCACAGCACCAUGGACUGGUGUUCAAGUAAAGGUGCCUGUAAAGUUUGUUGUGGGGGACCUCGACAUAACCUAUAAUACCCCAGGAGUCAAGGAAUAUAUACAUAAAGGAGGUCUCAGAAGAGAUGUACCGUUUUUGCAGGAAUUAGUCAUAAUGGAAGGCGUUGCUCACUUUCUCCAAGAAGAGAAGCCAGAGGAAAUUAGCGCACACAUCUACGAUUUCAUCAAGAAGUUCUGAUCUUUUUUAGGUAUGUAGUCAUGGUUUAUUGCAGCAAAUUUGUAAGUUAGACGCUUUCUUUACAAGUUUAGAAUCGGAACUUAUUGAUUAAGGUGUGGAGAAAAUAAAACUUGUGCGAAAUCAGGCAAUAUGAUUGUACUCACUACAACCUUGGUUCUGUUGCUUGUUUUUUGGUAGCCUAUAAUACAGUAUUUUUAUUUUUA